UCCGCUCUCCAUCCCGGCCUCGCUUGGGAGCGGUCGCUGGUGGGGGGAGGUGAAAAGUUGCCUCCCACGACGCCGCCCGCGUAGAACUCUUGAUCCUGUUUGUCUUUGCUGGCUUGAAAUUAUCAUCUUGCUUUGCUGACUUUUUUCCUGUACAUAUUCAAAACUUAUUACAAGGACAUUAAAGUGAAAAAUUGAAGAGAGGCUCACCCAGCGAAUGCCCAACUUGCAGUUCCAAAGAUUUUUCAAAAUUAAAGAAUAAGAAAAACAUUAAAUUCCAACGUGAUUAAAAAGAUGAGAUUUGGUCGAAUUUUGAGUGCAUGAAAAGGCUACAUUACCGGCUCAGAGCAUAAUGAAACCUGUGACUCCAAGCUGAUUGCAAGCGACCGCAAAAAUUUGAAGAUGUCUCAGGAUCCAAACAUACCAAGUGUAAAUGAGGAAAAAUCAGAUGUGUCACAGGAUAACCAACAGGAGCACUUGGACAACACAGAGCAGUCUGUCCGAAAGAAGAUUCGACAGAACACACCAAGUCCUAGUAGACGCCACACACCUGAGGCUAGCCCUCCUCAGUUUGUGUCAGUGGAGGAACUGAUGGAUACAGCAAAAGGUGUUACAAACAUGGCCUUAGCCCAUGAGAUUGUUGUCAAUGGAGGUUUUCAGAUUAAGCCAGCUGACUUGCCAGAAAACAGCCUUGAAAAAAGAGUAAGAGAUAUUGUCCACAAAGCUUUUUGGGAUUGCUUGGAAACACAGUUAAAAGAAAACCCACCUUCAUACGAUCAUGCAAUUAAACUUGUAGGAGAAAUUAAAGAGGCUCUCUUGUCUUUUUUGCUGCCUGGCCAUACUCGAUUAAGAAAUCAGAUUACUGAAGCUCUUGAUCUGGAGCUGAUAAAACAGGAGGCUGAGAAUGGUGCCCUUGACAUUUCUAAGCUGGUGGAAUUCAUCAUUGGAAUGAUGGGGACACUCUGUGCUCCAGCGAGAGAUGAGGAAAUACAGAAGUUGAAAGACUUUCAUGAAAUUGUUCCCCUGUUCAGAGCAAUUUUCUCUGUGUUGGAUUUGAUGAAAAUGGACAUGGCUAAUUUUGCUGUCAGUAGCAUUAGGCCACAUUUAAUGCAGCAGUCAGUUGAAUAUGAAAGAAAGAAGUUUCAGGAACUGUAUGAAAAACAGCCAAAUUCCUUAGAUUUUGUGACUGAAUGGCUGCAAGAAGCCAUGGCUGACCUACAAUCUAGAGUUGCCUGUGCUAGUAAUAAUGAUGUUGCCAGUGGAGUUCCAGCACUGUGUUCUGUUGCUGUCCAAAAUCAUGCAUAUAUUCAACUGCUCAAGUGGAAUCAUCUGCAGAAACCUUUUCCAGAAACUGUGUUAAUGGACCAGAGCCGUUUCCAGGAAAUGCAGUUGGAACUGGACCAGCUUAUUCUAACUGGCGCUAUUCUUCUGGUAACAUUCAAUGCAGCAGGCACAGCUCUUUCAGAUUUGCCAGCUUUUACCAACCAGCUCAAAAUGGCUAUACGAGUAUUGCUGACAGGGCUACACAUUCCUUCCUUCAACUUGAAUGAAACUUUGGCUGUCAUAAGUGAAAAGAUUUGUGCCGAAGUUAACAAUUGCCUUUCCCAGCAUGGCUUCGCACCUUUCACACCUGAAAAAGUGAUUGUGCUUAAAGGACAAAUCCAAGCUCUUGCCAAUCCUGAUAACACUGUAUGCAAACUGAUAGAUUCAAGGAUCCAGUUGUUUUUGGAGAAUUACCUUGCUUGUGGUCAUCAGAAAUCCCUUCCUCCUGCGCCUGGUGGACUGGGCCCUAUUCAGAGAGAGCUGGAGGAGAUUGCUAUCAAAUAUAUUCGCCUUGUUGACUACAACAAGAUGGUUUUCAGUCCUUAUUAUGAUGCAAUUCUCAGCAAAAUACUGAAUAAAGAGUUUCCUUAGCUGUGAAGAAAACUGAAAAAUGCCAAACCCAUUUGUGUGCUGUCCCUCAACAAUAGGGCUUCAGUCCAGGGCCAGAUAACAGACGCCUGUUUCAUUCUGCUUUUACACUUGUUUUUUUUGUCAGAAUUAUCAGGGCUGGAAAAUGGAAGCUUCCUUCAGAGACCAGUUGUUCAUUUAGGAUCCCCACAAUCAGUCCUGCCAUGUGCUGUACCCUUCUGUGUCACCUCUUCUAGCAUAGCCCAGUGCUGUUCAGAAGCGUCUUUGAAACAUUACGUGGGACGGAUUAGUUUAGGUAUUAGGGUGAAAUGCAGUAUAUCAAGAAUUGUGCUGAUCAUGCUCCGUGGGACUUUUCUAGAAGCCCCCAGUAUGGUUAGUUUGCAUCAUCUCAUGCCACUUGUUCAUUCUAGCCAGUAGUUUAGCGAUACAGACAAGCGACUGGCUUCAAGUGGUUUGCUGUAUUCUGUCCAAGCUGUUUCAUACAUGGGAAAAUGUCCUGAAUCUAUGCUUGGAUCAUUACUGUUGGCUCAUUGUGGUUAACUUUAUCUAUUGUAGAAACACUGAAACCUUAAAAAAAGGCUUUCCAACAAAGGUUUCCAAAUAAUUCAAUAGCAGUGAUCAAAUAUCAUUAUGUAAAAUAUACAUAAACAUAUAUUGGCUUAGUAUUUAACUUCGUUGGCCAUAAUGGCCUGUGGCAACAUAAAAGGAUAAUUAUGGAAAACAUCCUGUUAGCACGAUGCAAAAGUACAUGCUAACAGGUUCUUAAUAUAUAUGGUUCUUUAUAUGGUUCUUAAAGCUGUUCUAAAAAUUUCAACUUAAAUUUCCACAUAUUCAGAAUUUGAAUAUUGGUAGUUAAAGCACUUUAUAUGUAUUCUGCGAGCCAAGGCUCUUUUGUGUUUCUGUGAGCCAUGGUUUUCUAUAGCAUUUGUUUCUGUAUCUGCAGAUAGUCGAUCAAAAUCAUAUAUAUUUUUGUAGGGUAUUUUCCAGUUCUUUAUUUCUCUAUUCAUAAAAAUGCUAUCCUGUAGAAUCAAGGAGGUGUUUGUCUUUUGAUGUCUGAGAACUCUUUUGAAAAGAGCAGUUUCUUGGUUUUCUAUUAGUGUGGUAUGAAAUGCUGCUAAAGACAAGCAAACCUUUAUAGCUGAAGAAGUUGAAUAAAUACAGAUCCACUGAAUCUUAUUGCUCGGUUUUAGUUACAUAUAGAAAGCUUGGGAUUAGAAGAGAAGAUGGACCAAACUCCUAGCUUGUAUCAUCCUCAGUAAUAAAAAUAUAAAGCUCCCGGUUCAAUUGCUAUUUUCAUAUAGUUGCAAAUACAGGGCUUAGCACACUCAUUUGUCAACAUUUAUUGAUUUACAUAUUACAGAUAGUUAUUAAGGUAGUUCAUUUCUUAUACAAUUAUUAUAUUCCAAGAAAUUUAUUGAAACUGCUUGGCUGUCUUAAAAUUUUUUUUCAAGAGUUUGUAAACAUAUAACAUCCUGAGUUUUUAACAAAAUAACUGGGUUUCUGAAGCAGAAUUACCUGUGGAUUGCUUUCCAGUGUCAAAGUUUAGUAGAAUAAAUUCUAUUUAUUUAUUUUUUGUAUUAGUUAAGGCUGCUGAAUUAAAAAAAUGUUAUUUGUUAGAAUAAAAAUUAUAUUCAGAAGCAGGAAUAAUAAAGCAGUUGGGAAGACAGAUGCAAUAUGGGGUCUGAACGUUUAGUGGCUGUCUGUUAAAUAGGACUGAGCUUUGUUGCCAAACAUCAAAAGAUUAUAGACUGCAGACCUCAGUUUUUUUCACUUAAAUAAUCCCUUUAGUGAUUGGAAUUACUUAAAAACAAAAUAUUUGAUCAUAUUCUAAAUAACUAAACAGUAAUUGCUCUGACUCAGUGCAACCAAAUCAAUUAUUUUGUAUUGGAAUGUUUUAUUGAUUUUAUUGCAAUUUCUUUGAUAGUUGUGAGCUGCCCACAGUUGUUGGAAGUCA